AUAAUUGAGAUCUUUCGAUGUCGGACCCUCCAGAGCUCAAGUACGCAAGGCCGGGCGACAGAGGCGUGGCUGUGCACGGCGCAAGGGUUAAGGUUUCCAGCGUCAGGCAUCAAUAUAACGACAUCAUCUUUCCAAAAUCUGCCAUCCUCACGACAUAACUGUCACAAAUCGAACCAAGAUGGGCCGCACCGACGAGAACGAAGAGCCGCACGCCGGCUCGCCGGAAAGUGAGGAAAUGCUUCCCCUCUACGACGAAAGCACGCCCUUCACCGCGUCUGAGGAGCUCAAAGCGCCCGACCCGAAAGCCACGCCGGACGAGGUGCGCGAUUAUCUGGUGCAGGCGAUGCAGCGGCGAGGCGUGGGAAUCGACCAUGCGCGACGCAUCGCUGCUUGCUGGACUAUUGGCAACGGCCAGGAGCUGCGCGCCUACCCUGUCCAAAUGUACCGUGAUAUUUUCGGCGCCGGAGACGCCUGGGUGGUGUACAAGGCCGUUAAGGGCCAGAUUUACAGGGAGGAGAAUGAGAAAGAUCCCAACUAUCGUCUAGGAAUGCUCUGCUUUUCUCUCGCCCUCCUUGCUCUGGCGGCGGGCGGUGCAGCGAUCGGUGUGUUCGUCGCGAGCGUGGUACUCGAAACCAUUGGAUGGGUUGUGGCUUUGUUUGGCGGAAUCUUUGGUGUCGUCGCUUUCUUUGCCUCAUUUGAAGAUCGGAAUCCGGACAAAAAGGCGGAGAGCGAACUCAAGGCGGGAUGGGUCAUGACGCCCGCGAGCGGUGGGAAUUCAUAAGGCGCAUUGGAGUGAACGAACGAUCGUAAUGAAGAUUCAUAAGCGCUAUCUACUAAGCAGGCUAAUCAGUCAAGUCAUUGCAGCCAUUCAAAAGAUGCAAA